GUUGUACAACUACAAACAACAUUAUUUACUUCGCUCUUCUUCUGUUCACAUCACAGUGGAAAAGAUGGAAAAUCAUCAAACAGUUGCUAAAAGGAAUAUUAAAUACACGCAGUUGUUCAUUAAUAAUGAGUUCGUCGACUCCAUAAAGAAGCGAAGUUUCCAAACGCUUAACCCGGUCGAUUGUACGAAGAUAGCAGACGUUGCCGAAGCCGAUAAAGAGGACGUUAAUGUUGCUGUAAAUGCAGCGAAAACAGCUUUUGCCAGAGGAUCAGUCUGGAGAAAAUUGGACGCGUCAGCAAGGGGUCGACUAAUUUAUAAGUUGGCAGAUUUAAUUGAGAGAGAUAUUGAUCAACUUGCCAGUUUAGAAACCCUUGAUAAUGGAAAACCUUACAAGGACUCGAUAUUUGAUAUACAGUGUGCUAUUGACGUCUUUCGAUAUUACGCUGGAUAUUGUGAUAAAAUACACGGCAACACUAUCCCCACUGACGGAAACUACCUCAGUUUAACUCGGCAAGAACCGGUGGGAGUUGUUGGGCAAAUAAUACCAUGGAAUUAUCCCAUUUUAAUGGUGUCCUGGAAGUGGGGUCCGGCACUUGCUGCCGGUUGUACCAUUGUCCUAAAACCGGCCGAGCAAACACCUUUGACGGCUCUGGCUCUUGCUGCUCUUUCUAAAGAAGCAGGAUUUCCCAAAGGGGUAAUAAAUGUUGUAACAGGAUUUGGAGAUGUUACAGGAGCGGCACUUGUAGAACAUCCUGAUGUUGACAAAAUAGCAUUUACAGGAUCGACAGAGGUAGGAAGAAAAGUGAUGCAAACUGCAGCCGUAUUUAAUAUGAAAAGAGUCAGCUUGGAAUGCGGUGGGAAAAGUCCACUGGUUGUAUUUAAUGAUGCCGAUUUGGAUGAAGCGGUCGAAAUAGCGCAUAACGCAAUUUUUGCCAAUCAUGGACAGAAUUGUUGCGCUGGUUCACGAACUUACGUUCAAUCUCGCAUUUACAGCGAAUUUGUUCGGAGAGCUGUCAGAAAGGCCGAAGAAAAGGUCCUUGGAAACCCUUUCGAGGAAUCAGUGAACCAAGGACCUCAGAUCGAUCAAGCAGCUGUAGAUAAGAUACUGAAUUUGAUCCAUUCCGGUGUUAGAGAGGGGGCCAAAUUGGAAACGGGCGGAAAGCAAUUCGGGAAUGCUGGAUAUUUUGUCACCCCAACGGUCUUCUCUGAAGUAAAAGACCAAAUGACUAUCGCUAAAGAAGAAAUUUUCGGUCCGGUUCAAUGCAUCUUCAAGUUCGAAACAUUGGACGAAGCUAUUGAAAGGGCAAACGAUACAAAAUAUGGUUUAGCAGCCGGGGUUGUUACUAAAGAUAUUAAUACAGCUUUGGUAUUUGCUCAAGGGGUUCAGGCCGGAUCUGUUUGGAUUAAUUGCUAUGAUGCGGUAACUCCCCAAAAUCCAUUUGGAGGAUAUAAGCAUUCAGGAAUUGGAAGGGAACUAGGUGAAGAAGGAAUUAAGGAAUAUUUGGAAACUAAACUUAUAUCCAUAAGUGUCCCAACUAAGCACUAAUACUUUACGUUUUUGUAUUGAAUAAGAAAAUACUUUAUUACUUU